CAUCGUCCCCCGCAUCGCAUCGUCGUGUCUCACUCUCUGUGCAGCAGGAUCCCUCGCUUUGUCCGCCUUUCCUUCGCACCAUAUUCCCACUCUUGUUGCGUCACACUGCUACCGGGGCGUCAGAAACAAGCCAGUCUAUCAUCGCCUCAUCCGCGCGCGGACGCAGCACAAUCAAAGCUGCAUUGUUCAGCAGCUCACGCUCUUUGUCCUUCACCGUAGAGGACCAGCGUAUAUGCAGCGCUGGCAACCCUGGUCACCUUCUCUUCGUCACCAUCAUGGCUUCGGCAAAAGACCUCUGGACUACCAUGACUAGCGGGGAUAUUCCCGCCUCUCCAGCUAGCGUCCAAUCGCUCCUCGAUCUAGGCAUGGCUGGCAUCCCCGCGCUCGACCAGCAGUCUCGGUCGACGCUCACUCGCAAGCUGCUCGCCGACAUCUCCAGUAAGCCAGAAAAUAGGCUGACGUACCUCAAAGCCCUCAAAGAGCUCUCGCGCUUACCUGGAGGAAGCAAUGCACAGGCAGAGGUGCAGGGGCUGCGGACCUUGCUUGAGCAGGUGCGCCUGCCAGCGCCCUCGGUGUACAGAAGACACAGCGCUUCGGCAGGACCAUCGUCGUCGAGCAGUGCCUCACACGGAGGCGUCACUUCCUCGCCCACCUCCAUCACUGGCGUACUCUCCCGCGCCUGGCACAGUAAGAAGUCCAAUGGCACCACCGUCCGCAGACCGUCCACCGAAUCUGGCGCCAAGCCGGGUAUAUCUGGCAGGCAGCCUUCGUCCGAGAACGAAGGGUCACGUACGUCGCGAGAGACCGCUACACCGUCGCCCAUCGCUCCGAAUGGCGGACCAUUCUCAACCUCACACUCACAGCAAUAUCAGCCGCCUCGUCCGCCAUCUGCAGAAGAAUGGGAAGCAACGGAUAUCGCCCUUCGCUGCCUGAACAAUGCCCUCUUUCUCCACGAGAGCAGCAGGAGAACAUUCACCGACGACAGCGUGGGCGGCGGAGCCCGCAGGCUAGUUGGCUUGCUCAAGAAUCCGGCUCAGACGCCCACAGACGUGCUCUUCUUGGCAGGGAGGCUACUGUUCUACGCCACCUUAUUCGAGCCCAAGUUCAACAAGAUCGUUGUCGAUGAGGAAGGGAUCGUGCAGGAUCUUUGCGAGGCAUUGGCCGUUCUGACGGCGCCGCAAUUAGUGAAUGGCAUCGGGACAGCGCCUACGCAAGACCAGAUGAAGGCGGCACAGAGCGAGCUGCUCAAGGUCAUCUUCAAUGUCAGCCUGUACUACUCAACCUCGCAAGACGGUGAAGCGUCAGGCUCGAAAGCUGCCGCUGCUCACGAAGCUCUCAUCGACCUCCUCGAGCCCGUGAUCCGUCUCAUCAUCAGCUAUCCCGCAUCACCACCUCUAGCCGCGCCAGUCUCCGGCGCCAUCGGCGUGCUUCUCAACUUUCCGCUCACGCAGCCGUAUUACAGCAUUUGGACCAGGGACUUCUUUCCAACGAGAAGAGGCAGCGCUCCUCCACCAUCUCCGACCCCGUCUUCGUCGUCCAGCUUCACAAAGUCGAGUACUUCGGCCGCUCGCAGGGUCGCGAAUGCACUCUUUUCUAGCGGCAGUACUGGAGCAGAGCAACAGGAAGGUAGCAGCAGCUCGUCGCAGACUCCUCCUCUUCCUUCAUCCACGGCUACCGCCAGCGCAAGCGCAGGGACGCUCAUCGAGCAACUCCUCUCCUUGCUCGAUGCGACGCUCGAUUACUACUUUGGCAUGGCCAGCGCACACUCACGAAAAGACAUCGCGAGUAGCAUGCGUGAAGAGGCCGAGCAAGCCAAGCUCGACCCAGACUCGGCUGAAGUACGGGCAAAAGCAGCAAAGGAUGGGGUCAAUUUGGAGGAGCUGCUCUCCCCUCUCUUCCUGCUGUUGCGGAAGCUUGCGGCUGCUGACGUGCCCGCUGGUACGACAAACGAGGCCUCGAGCGCAGUUACGCCUUCAACACCGCCGAUGAGGAGAGCUGUCCAUUCAAACCUUUUCUCACCCAGUAGCAGCCCAGCAUCCUCGCUCCCACCCUAUCGUCAGCCUACAACCGUAGGCCACCUGGUGCGCCUCCUUUCCUCGCUCCGCUUCCCCCGCCUGGAAGCCCUCAGCGGCGAGCUCCUCCUCGCCGCUUGCGGCGGAGAUGUGCGUGCACUAGUCAAAGAAGUAGGGUACGGGCCUUGUGCUGGUUGGUUGCAGCGAAGCGGAAGAGGUGGGGACGGGCUAGCCGACUUGGCUGGCGAAGAGGGGCCUUCAGGUGAACAGCAGAAGGAUCCCAUUACGGGCGCUCCCUUCUCCUCCAGCGGAAACGCCCCUGGUCAAGCAGACGGUCUUGACGAGAUGACCGAGGAGGAAAAAGAGGCAGAAGCUGAGCGGCUCUUCACGCUCUUCGAUCGACUGAACAAGACGGGAGUAAUGAAGGUCGCGCAUCCUGUGCGAGAUGCGAUCGAAGGGUUGGAGGGGGAUGCGGAGGCGGCUACCAAGUUUGAGGAACUUAGGUCUAAGGACGAGGAGGAUAAGGAAGAGGAGCAGACGAUGCGAGAAUUUGCAAAGUACAAGGAGAGGAAGGGUAAGGUAGCCGAGGACUCCUAGAGAUAGAGCGUUGCUAGAUAGCCUGCGGGCCUUGCGGCAGGCCUCAAUGACGACUAUGAUGAUAAUCAAGUAGGGGCAAAUAAAGCCCGAAGAAACGGCGCUACGCUCCCCGAGCCCUCUUGCUGGCAAGCGCGGCACAGGUCGAGCGGCGAUUUGCAAGCACCUCACCUCAUUCGAUCGUAAUACCAACUUCUUAC